CCCCAGCGCGCCCAGCCCUUUAAAAGCCGCCGGCCCGGCCCGCCGCGCCGGCGGCUGAGGUCCCCGCGCACUGGUGUCCCCGCGCUCGACCGCGCGCUCCAUGCGGGCGCCCACCAUGUCCGGACACUUUCUGCUCGCGCCCAUCCCCGAGUCCUCCUCCGACUACCUCCUGCCCAGGGACAUCAAACUGGCCGUGCUGGGCGCCGGCCGCGUGGGCAAGAGCGCAAUGAUUGUGCGCUUCCUGACCAAGAGGUUCAUUGGCGAUUAUGAGCCGAACACAGGCAAGUUGUACUCGCGGCUCGUGUGCGUGGAGGGAGACCAGCUCUCCCUGCAGAUCCAGGACACUCCCGGGGGCCUCCAGGUCCAAGACAGCCUCAGCCAGGCGGUCGACUCCCUGUCCAAGUGCGUGCAGUGGGCAGAGGGCUUCCUGCUGGUCUAUUCCAUCACGGACUAUGACAGCUACCUGUCCAUCCGCCCCCUGUACCAGCACAUCCGGAAGGUCCACCCCGACUCUAAAGCCCCCGUCAUCAUCGUGGGCAACAAGGGGGACCUUCUGCACGCCCGACAGGUGCAGACCCGUGACGGCAUCCAACUGGCCAACGAGCUGGGCAGCCUGUUCCUGGAAAUUUCCACCAGUGAAAACUACGAAGAUGUCUGUGAUGUGUUUCAGCAUCUCUGCAAAGAAGUGAGCAAGCUGCACAGCCUCGGUGGGGAGAGGAGAAGAGCCUCCAUCAUCCCCCGGCCGCGUUCUCCCAACAUGCAGGACCUGAAGAGGCGCUUCAAGCAGGCUCUCUCCUCCAAGGCCAAGGCCCCCUCCGCCCUGGGGUAGACCCAUCUCCACUGGACGGACUCGUCCCCUUUUUAUCACGCAUUCAUGCAGCUGAGAAGACUGGGGGGUCACCCUUUUUAAUCACACAUUCAGAGUUUAUUUUUAUACAAACUGUUGGUUUUCAAGUGUAUGUGUAUUUCUGAAAAUUCAAACGGUGAUUGCCUAGAAGUUGGAUAGAGUUUUUUUUUUUUAAUAAAAGGUUUUUUUUAAAACUGUAACUCCUAGCCACUUUUCCAUUAAAGGCAAAUGGCAACAUUG